AUGUUAGAAAACACAAAAAAGAAGUUCAAUUCCAAAAAGAAAAGCUCCACUUCCCCUGAAAAAGUGUCGAAUGGAAGACAAACUUCCAGUACCCUUUCGAAACUACUUCGUACGCAGACGCCUACUACCGUCAUCUCGGUCUUCAUGCUCGCCACUGCUGCCCUCACUACUCUUCUCCUUGCAAUUUUCCCUGUUUUCGAUCCGAUUUUUUCUAGUUAA